ACAAUGUCUCAAGCAUCUAGCAGCUAUGGUGGUAGGGCUACGGUUAGGAGGGUGAUGUGCCCCAACUGUCAUGUUCUUGCCAAUAGGUUCAUCUCCAGCACCGUGAACAACAACAACAGGGUGUUUCACAAGUGCCCCUAUUUUGCUGUUGCAGGCUGCCAAUAUUAUCAAUGGGAGGAUGAGAUGGAUCAAGUUGCAGCACCUGCUCCAUUGCAUGCAGUGCCACUGCAGGCAGUGCCACCACCUGCUGCAAUCAGCACUGCAGCUCCAGUUGCCCUCAUCCAGGAUGGUUCCCAGGCUGCUGGUCAUGGAGGCAAUGCACAAGACUACAGUAGGGUGAUGCAGCAGCUUAAGUGGAUGGAAAAGAUGAUCUUUGUGUGCAUUUUCCUUGCUCUGUAUGCUAUUUUCAAGAAGUAGUUUGUGUAUGUGUGUGUGAGUGGGAGUAUGAGUGGUCCCUCUGUAAGAUUGUCUCAUUGAAUCAAAGAAUGAAUGA